AAACCCUCAACUGUUUCCCAACAACACAUGAAGAAGAAGAACAUCCGGUCCUCCAGGCCUGUGAGGGCGCUCGAGAGCAAACUGAGGGAACGAACCCGGAAGUUGUUGUUUACAUCUGAGGAUCACACGCAGGAGGGAGAAAUUUGUGUUUAAAACUCUUUAUAUGAGUUAAAAUGAUUGUUUAUGAGACAGAUCAUUGACAUUAUGCCGACUACUAACAGGAAGAAGAAGAAUCAGGGGAAGGACACCUCGGUUCAGGGAACAAACGACAGCAGUGUGGUGAGCAAGGUGUCCGCUGCAGCUCAGGGUUACUUCCAGGAUGACUUCCUCCAACACUUUGUGUGCAAAGUGUCCCGAAGAGCCCCGCUCAUCAACAGGGGUUACUAUAUGCGCUGGAGAGCCGUGGAUCACUGUGUGAGGAGGUUUCUGCACAUAACUGAAACCUGCCCCAAAAGACAGAUCCUGUCUCUGGGCGCAGGCUUCGACUCGUUGUAUUUCCGUCUUCAUGCCGAUGGAGCGCUUCACAGAGCCGCUGUGUUUGAGGUCGAUUUUCCUGAUGUAGCGCGGCGAAAAACUGCUCUGAUCAGCUCUAAUGUUUCUCUGAGAGGGAUGUUAGACUCCAGUUUACCUCCUCAGACAGGGUGUGUGUAUGUGCACAGCGGUCAGUACAGGCUGCUGGGUGUGGACGUGAGAGAGGAGUCUCAGGUGGGGAGGCUUGAGUGCAGCCGGCUGGACUGGACUGCCCCCACUCUGAUCCUGUCUGAGGUGGUCCUGACCUACAUGGAAACACAGCGGUCAGACGCCGUCAUCCGAUGGGCUGCAGAUCAUCUUCCUCAGUCCGUCUUCGUCAUGUACGAGCAGAUUCACCCUCACGAUCCCUUCGGUCGAAUCAUGCAAGAUCAUUUCCUGAAACUGAAUUCACGUCUGCACGCACUUCAACAGUACCCGGACACCGCCGCACAGAGGAGCAGGUUCCUCAGUAAGGGCUGGGAGCAGUGUGUGUGUCUAGAUAUGAAUGAGUUCUACCUGGGUCUGGUCUCUGAGGAGGAGCAGCAGGUGGAGGGUCUGGAGCCGUUUGAUGAAUACGAGGAGUGGCACCAGAAAUGUUCUCAUUACUUCAUCCUCUCUGCGUCUCGCGGCGCUCUGAUGGAGCGGGCUUUACUCUCACAUGCUGCAGUGGUCUCCGGCGCCGUCUCUGUGAGCCCUGAAGCUCUGAGAGUACGGACCGUACCGGGUACUCUGGAGGGGCUGGGGAUGGCGUCCGCUGUGGCGAGCCCCGGGCGGGUGCUGCUGACAGGAGGCUCGAGCAGAGGAGGGAGAGGAGCAGCGACGAGGAUGCUCGUCAGAGAGGAGGAGGAGGGAUGGAGGUCUGUCAGCGUGGAGACAUCAGAGGAGUUAGGCGUUCGACUCUACCACACUUCCACCUCUCUCCCUGAUGGAGGUGUUGUUGUAUUCGGGGGUCGCUCCUCUCCUUUAAACCCGUCCAGAGGCGUUUUCAGAGUCACCCUGCUCCCCGCUGCUCCAUGCUGCCCUCCGGACUCAGAGGGACCAGAUCCAGUGGAGCUCUGUGUGAAGGAGGUUGUGUGCAAGGGGGAUCCACCUGCAGCGAGGUGGAGACACAGCGCUGCUACAGUCAGUCAUCAAGGACGAGACUUCCUGUUUGUGUUCGGGGGAAGAAAUGAGUCCCAGGCAGCUCUGAGUGACGCCCACUUCCUGUGUUUGGACCAGCAGACAUGGACUGAGAUUCCAGCAGAGGGCGCAGCUCCAGAGGCUCGUCACUCCCACUCGGCGUGCUCACAUCACGGAGGAGCCGUGGUGUUUGGAGGACUGGACGGGAGAGGGGAGCCGCUGGGAGACACGGCUGUGUUACGGCCCACAGAGAGAGGCUUCACCUGGGAGAGGAUGGAGGUGCUGCCCCCUCCGGUCCCCAGGUAUUCUCAUCGUGCUCAUGUGGUCGGGGAGAAGAUGGUGGUGGUCGGAGGAGUUUGGCUGCACUCAGACGGCGUCCCAGGCGUGCUGAUCAUCGACCUUGCAGCACGCAGCGGCGUGGAGUUCAGCCUGGACACGACCUCGGUGCCCUGGCCUCUGAUGCUUCACUCUUUCUGCUCGGAGCUGACGGACGGAGAGGAACCCGAGCUGCUCCUGAUUGGUGGAGGAGGAAACUGUUUCUCAUUUGGGACUCACUUCAACCCUCAGCCUGUCCUCGUGGACCUCAGACCUGCACUGGGAUGAAGGAUCUGAAGGUUUUUCUCUGUGACUCUGUUGAAGAGGAGUUCCUGUACUUUAACACUCUGAGCUUUGACAAACAUUCAAACGUCACAAAUGAUUCAAAGGCAGCUAAAGUUUUGGGAGUGCUUCAGCGUGCACCUGCAAAACGGCUGCAACAUAAUCCAUCUUGUCCAAGCACUAAAAGCUCAGAUUCUUCUGACAACUCGAGGGACAAGAACCCUCCAUAAAUAACAUUUUCUUAAAGCAUAAGACUCUUUUCUUUUAACACAAAGUAUCCAAUAAAACAGAUGUUUUUCUUUGCA